GCCGAGUGAGGUGAGCUGACCUGUUGGCCAUGCUGUUGCUCAUGUACUCGCCAACAUACGUUGCUUUUGAGCGCGUAAACACGAAUGAAAAGGAACACAAUUUUAGCGAAGAGAAAUUAGAAUAUUAGCAUAUUCGACAGUUAGAGUACAAAGUCCUAAUAACUCAGUUGAUGGCUUCUCACUUCACCUAGCACUUCAGCAACUCAUUUUAAAGAAUACUCGUUUAAUUAGAAUUUUUGUUGUGCAAAAAGGGAGUCACAUCCGAAGAGUGUUAACGAUGGACCCGCAAACAAAGAAACAACAGCCAAAUAAUGCGGUGGCACAGACUAGCACAAUCAAAACAUGUAAAUAAGACUGAUUACUUGUCGCCUGCUCUGAUCAGCGCGCCGCAACCAGGCAGCCAAACCACACACGCAUACACACACAGGCGCGGCACACAGGGGCAAGCGAGCCAGCAAGUAGGCAGAAAAGGCAGCCAGGCAGCAGGCAACUAGGCAGCUAGGCAGCUAUAUGGCCACUCGCCAGUCACCAGGAACGUGGUCGCAUCAGUGUGCGAAUGACUGAUUGACCGAUCGGACGAAUUAUUGUCGUUGUAACAAGCAAGCAAGCGGGUCGCUUGCCGUACCCCUAUACCCGGAAAGUGCUAUCCCCAACCACUAUAAAGCUGCUAAAGUGUUGACAGUGUGACUAGAGUUAAAAUGUAAAAAACUUAGUAAUCUAUACUGUGGAAAUAAUAAAUCUCUAGUAAUUGAGAGUUCUUAAAACAAAGUGAUUAACUACGAAGUAAAAUUUAAGAGCAAAUCUGAGAGUUUUUAAAACCAAAAAACAUCAAAUAACAAAAAUGUGACACACAUCAUUUCACGCAAAUCCAAAAGAAAGUGUGCUGCUCUUAAUAUCAGUGAUGAAUUUUUGAAAACAAAAAACAAAGAAAUAAAAUAUUUAAUUCGAAGAAAAAAGCAUCUGCCUGUACAAUUAAGAGGAGUUAAAAUAAGCAACGCAUUUUAUGUGCGAAAAAGCAGUUUUCAAAAUUGGCGCCUACACUGCUUAUGGAUGAUACAAGACGCUCACACGCUCACUAAAAACCAACGCAAAGCAGGAGCAGCGAGCAUAAUAACGGCGUUAGAAGACAGCAGGAAAGCACUGCUGCAAUUAUAAAUUCCUUAGUAACGCCGCGACAUUAGCUAGCAGCAAAAUGAUAAGUGGCGUCUCCAGCUCGACAUUGGGUCGGGAGGAGGAGCGCAAGCCGCUAAUGGCCGCGUACAUGUUCCAACGACGCGUACUACUCGGUUGCAGCGUGCUGAUGGUGGUCUCGUUAGUUAUGUGGAUCGUGGCCAUUUCUACGGAUCAUUGGGUUAUUAUUACGGGUGGAAAAGGCAUAUUCAUACCGGAGACGCGUCGUUUCUUCAUGUACUCACACUCCGGCUUGUGGCGUCAUUGUCGCUACACCACAACGCCCAAUGCACUACCUACCGCCAAUGUGGUGCGCAACUUCACCUCAAUAGCUUAUGUAAAUCCCAGUACGCUCCUUGAUGCCAAACUAAACGCAUCAAAUCUGAACUUCGUACGUGAAUUCAGCGAAGAAAUUGUGGAAAUGCCAAUGAAAAGUUUCACAGAGUCAGCUAAGCGACGUAUGUUUGCUCAUUGGGUACGUAAUGACGAGCUCGAAUUUCAGACAUUCAAAAAAGCAUUUCAAAAUCUGGUGUUAAAUACAAAUGCAACACGUGCUGAAAUAAUACCAGCGCUAGCUAAACCCAUUGCAAUUGAUCCACUUAAUGUGCGAGAUAUUGAAGCCCGACAAACAUUUGGUUCGGCAUUGCAAAAGGUGAUGGUUAAUUCGACGUCGUACUAUUUUGUCAUACCAGAAGCUGCCCAAUUGGCGAUAUUUCAGGGUUGGAAUGAGAGGCAAUAUGUGCCAAAGCUUUUUUGGCCUUUUGUGCGUGAUUUGGGCGUACCGGCGUUUGUGUUGAAUGAUCAUCAGGUGAUAUUACAGUUGGUGCCACCACUGCCACCAAGUAGCGGCCGGGAAGCUAAUGGUUAUAUUUAUCAAUCAACGGAGCGUUGCAAGUAUAUCGACAUGUUUCCAAAUUCGAAUGCGCUGCGCAGUGACCCCGGCAUUGAUGUUGAGUUAAUGGAUUAUAUACGAACACAGGCUUCUUUCGCCUGUAUUACCGUCUUUGUUAUGGGUCUCGGCUCGAUUUUCUCAUUUUACACUUUCAAGAAUCCGCGUUACAUGUUUAAGCGGCUGGCAGGUGGUAUUCACUUGGUGUCGGCAUCCUCCGCCGUGGUAGUCAUACAAGUGCUAAUUUCAUCCGUAGAUUACACCAGGACACACUUGUUCUAUGCUUAUCCCGAUGGGGCGAAACUUACAUACGGCUAUGGAGUCUACUUGGCUUGGUUUACUUUUGUAGUGAACCUUGUGUGCGGUUUGCUAUUCAUGUGGUACUCAGGCAAGAAGAAGGGUGCCAAGGCACCGAACGAUGAAGUAGCUAUGGCUGAUGAGCCCACAAUAAUGGGAAGAUAAUAACCUCAACGAACUAGCUUUAUCUGGCAUAUAGAAAUGAAUAAUGCCCACCGAUCAUCUGUGUACCUUAAGAUUCUCACAUUAUGCUCCAAAACUGGACAAUUUUCUGGCGAAGCAUUAGGGAAAUUGCCUCUUCAUACCAAUGCUUCCUUUUACUGAGACUAAAGAAGUAUUCUUCGAAUAAAUCAAAUUAAAACAUCUCAAACUUUUAUACUCAAACAACAGCGGCUAUCGUUGUUUAGAAAUUGAAAUUAGUCAGAACUUUUUGGGAGUAAUUAGUUAUAUGCUAAUGUACAUUUUCUAGUUCCUAUGUGACUGGUUUUGUAAGAAUAUUGAAUGAAAAGAAGCAAUUUUUUACAUACUUAUGAAAGUAUGUAGAACAUAUAUUUAAAUGAGCAAUCAAAUUGAAAUUAAAAAGUCACUAUUUUUUAAAAAAUAAAUGUAUGUACAAUUUUGUAAAAUAUGCUUGUAUGUGCACACACUUAAAGCACGUAAGUAUGUGCUUAUAUGUUUGUAUGUGUGUUUAAACUUGUUCACUGUUGAAUUAAAUUAUUAAGCAAAUUAUUGCAACUGAAAAAAAAAAAAUAUUGUAUAAGAAAUUUAUAAAUGCACAUGUACAACUUAAUUGAAGGCAGAAGUUUUGUUCAGAUGCAAACUUCACGAUUUAAAACUAUUCUAAGCGGCUGUACGAACAUAAGUUUCUCUUAUUGCCUUUUUCUAUUUAUAAUAAACAAUUUAUUCAUAAUGGA